AUCUCAUCUCAUCUUCUGGGGCUCUUGAGAAGAAAGGAAUCACUUUGAAUGCCUGGAUUCUGAGGACAGUGAUGCGUAUAUGUGUUUUCUUUUUUAAAACCAUGUCGUAUUAACUUCGUAGGAGUCAUGCAUAACUAUUUUGGAGGUUGUUUGUCAACAGUGUUCCUAAUUUUGACUUUUUGGACUGAGGUUUGCCACUCGUCGGGUUAUUUGGAGCUCCAGUUGAUCAGCGUGGAGAAUGACAGGGGUGAGCUCGCGAAUGGAAACUGUUGCGACGGCGCGCGGAGCGCACGAGACGCUCGGUGCGACCGGGACGAAUGUGACACGUACUUCAGAGUGUGUCUAAAGGAAUACCAGGUGGAGAUCACCACGUCUGGGUUAUGUACAUACGGCACUGGAAGCUCGAUCGUGCUUGGAGGGAAUACGUUUCAGUUCAAAGGAUUCAAUGAAAACCCAAACAAGGCCAAUGACCUCGGGACCGUUAUCAUGCCCUUUCAAUUCGCCUGGCCGCGAGCGUACACUCUGAUCGUGGAGGCUUGGGACUGGGACAACGAAACAGUCACUGACAACAGUGAUGAUCUGUUGAUUGAGCGGAGUGUUAACCGCGGAGAAAUGAACCCUGGAGAGGAACGACAGCUCAUUCAGCACAAGGGUCAAACUGCUAGCUUCCAGUACAGCGUGCGUGUGCGGUGUGACCGACAUUACUACGGCAACAAGUGCAACAUAAUGUGUAGCCCACGCGAUGAUUACUUUGGACAUUACACAUGUGAUCAUCUCGGCAAUCAGCAGUGCAUGGAGGGCUGGAACGGGCAGGGCUGCACGAAAGCUAUCUGUAAGCAAGGCUGCAGUGAGCAGCAUGGAGGCUGUGACGCUCCAGGAGAAUGUGUGUGUAAGUACGGCUGGCAGGGUCCGCUCUGUGACGAGUGUUUGCCGUAUCCGGGGUGUGUGCACGGCACCUGUGUGAAACCCUGGACAUGCACCUGUGAGAAGAACUGGGGAGGACUUCUGUGUGACAAAGAUCUGAAUUACUGUGGAACGCACAAGCCCUGUGUGAACGGAGGCACGUGUCUGAAUACAGAGCCUGACGAAUAUUUUUGCUCCUGCCCUGAGGGUUACUCUGGCAAAAACUGUCAUAUCGCCGAGCAUGCAUGCAUGUCAAACCCAUGUGCAAAUGGUGGGACCUGUCAUGAGCUGGUAUCAGGGUUCGAGUGUCAGUGUCCCCCUGGCUGGGAUGGCCCAACCUGUGCUAAAGACAAAGACGAGUGUGCGUCUAACCCAUGCGCUCAUGGAGGAACCUGCUUUGAUAUUGAAAAUGGUUUUGACUGUUUAUGUCUCCCGCAAUGGACCGGCAAGACCUGUCAGAUAGAUGUCAACAGCUGUUAUGGUCAGUGUCAGAAUGGAGGAACCUGUCUGGAUGGUCAUCAUGGUUACGAAUGUCAUUGCCAGCCAGGGUUUAUGGGAAGACACUGCGAGGUGCAGCAGAGCAGGUGUGCCAGUGCCCCAUGCCAAAAUGGUGGACGCUGCUGUUCACUAACCAUGGGCUAUGAGUGUGAGUGUCUGUACGGAUACACCGGAACCAACUGUGAGGUACAGGUGGAUCCAUGCAGUCCAAACCCAUGUCAGAAUAAAGCUCAGUGUCACUCUCUGCAGGGAGAUUUUUACUGUGCCUGUGCAGAUGAAUAUGAGGGAAAGACAUGCAGUCAACUUCGAGACCACUGCAAGACCAGCACCUGCCAAGUGAUUGACAGUUGCACUAUUGCCGUGACAACCAACGGCACAGCAAAAGCAGUACGGCACAUCUUAUCAAAUGUGUGUGGUCCUCAUGGGCACUGCAUCAGCCAAUCAGGAGGCAACUUCACCUGUGCCUGCCAACCAGGGUUCACUGGGACAUACUGUCAUGAGAAUAUAAAUGACUGUGCAUCAUCUCCGUGUCACAGUGGAGGAACCUGCAUUGAUGACAUCGGCUCCUUCCACUGUGUCUGUCCCGAUGGCUUUGACGGACAACUCUGUGACCUGGAGGUGAAUGAGUGUAGCAAUGAGCCUUGUCUAAAUGGAGGUCAUUGUAUCGAUCUACUGAAUGAUUUCUACUGUCACUGCACUGACAACUGGAAGGGAAAGACGUGUAACUCACGAGACAAGCAGUGUGAUCCCAAUACAUGUGCCAACGGAGGAACAUGCUACGAUCAUGGAAACUCGUUCCGCUGCGUGUGCUCCUCCGGGUGGGGUGGCAGUACCUGUAACACAGCAAUGAAAAUCUCAUGUGAAUCUGGGCCGUGUCUAAAUGGUGGAACAUGUGUUGGAAGGGGCGGAGCCUUUACCUGCAUCUGCAAGGAUGGAUGGGAGGGGCCUACCUGUGCUCAGAAUGUUGAUGACUGUAACCCUCAUCCCUGUUAUAAUGGAGGAAUGUGUGUGGAUGGGCUUAACUGGUUUCGCUGUGAAUGUGCUCCUGGAUUUGCUGGGCCUGACUGUCGCAUCAAUAUAGAUGAGUGUCAAUCUGCUCCCUGUUCAUAUGGAGCCACAUGUCUGGAUGAGAUUAAUGGGUAUCAUUGUCUGUGCCCUGUUGGUCGAGCUGGACCACGCUGCCAGGAGUUUAUCGGAGUUGGGAGGGCAUGUGAUCGCUCAGGGUUGAAGGUUCAUCAUGGUGAUCGUUGGGAGGAUGGGUGUAACAGCUGUCAGUGUAUGAAUGGAAACAUCAGGUGCACUAAAGUGCGUUGUGGUCCCCAGCCCUGCCUGUUGCAGUCAGGCUUUAGUGAGUCACAGCGCUCCCUGUGUCCAUUAGGGCAGGAGUGUGUAGAGCAUCAUUUCCUUUCUUGUUUCCGUCCCCCCUGCCAUCAGCUGGGGAUAUGCUCCACUCCAGAACGUCCACAUCCAAUCAGCACUCAGUGCCUACCCAACAACGGCUACCUAGAUGACAAUUGUGCUCGUGUUACGCUUGUAUUUGACUCUGAUAGUGUUCCGCAGGGGACAACUGCUGAAGGUGUUUGCGCAGAGUUAACAUAUCUGCCAAUCAUACGAAUCCUGGCCAAAGACCACACCCUUUCCAUUCUUUGUGACCAAUCACCUUCCAGCCACAAUGCAGUGGAGGUUGCUAUGUCAUAUGAGCAAAACAGCUUUGUGGAGGGACGUGCUCAGAUACAGGAUGUGGUCCGCUCCAUCAUUGAUGUUCUGUCUAAACGUCACAACAGCACGUUAUUGUUGGCUGUGAGAGAGGUCAGAGUUGACACGCAGGACCUGCGACCCUCAGCUGGUUACCUUGUCCCGUUACUGUGCAUUUUGUUUGUAACAUUGUGGAUCUCCUGUGUCGUCGUGUGUGUGUGGUGGUUUCGAAGACGCAGGAAAGUGAGAGAAAGAGACGACAUGCAGAUGGAAGAGAGCAUUAACAACCAGCGUGGGUUGCUACUAAGCACUCUAAUGCCACACAAAGACAACAUGGAUACGCUGCAGGAAAAUAAGAACCUGAUUUACCCUCUGGAUCGGGUGGGAGAUGGAGCUGAACGAGAGGAUGAGGAGGAAGAGGGGGAGGAAGAGGGAGACAGAGGGCGGGUUAUGCAUAAAUGCUCAUCUCUCACGUACUCUAAGGGGGAUGUAGUGUACACUAUUCACACUUCAGGCCAAACUCAGCCACACAGGACACAUUAUAGCAGCAAAGACAACCGCUGUAAGAACAAUUUGAACGAGAGCACGAGCGAGCACAUGAAAAAUCAUUACGUAUGAAAGAGUCACACAAACUGAAAAAUUAUUAAAAGUAUUUUUUUGGCUGGCUGACCUAAGAUCCCCCUGGGCUUGUGCGAUGGGUGUUUUUUUAUUUUUUAUUCUUUUGUCAUUGUGUGGUCAAAUGCAACAGGAAUAUGUCACAAAAAUGCAACAAAUCCAAGAUUCAUAGAAUGGAUUUCAAAAUCCUUCCCUUCUGUUUACACUUGCUCUCACUUUCUUUAAAAAGAAGGACAUUUUUACACAAGGCUGAACUUUUGGAUUACGUCUGCAAACUGUGGAGAGACCUUUGACCCUUGGGGCUAAGGAGGAAUCAGCGAUAGGCAGCUUUGAAUUGUUUUUGAUUAUGUCCAGACCUGCUCUAAGUCAAGUGUUAGGAGCAGUCAUCUCUUCCAUAGGUAUAAGUGCCUCAUUGAACCUUCAAAAUAGCACUUACAGCUGACACAAGCAUUUUAUCUUUUUGAUACACUUUACACAAUGAUACUCAUUUGUUUAUUUAAAUUCACCAAAGUUCUCCUACCUUAGUGGGUGAUUCUCACAUUUUAGCCCAAUUCUCAUGACCGCAACAUGAAAAAAAUUAUAUAUUGUUUAAAUUGAAAAGUAGUAGUAGUUCUCCCUUAGUCCUACCUUUCAUUUUCACCAUUUUAAUAAAGAAAAUCAUUGUACAAUAGCAUGUAUUUUAUUGCAAUACAGUAAAAACAUCACUGUGUUAUGGUAAUAAGAAUAAUAAUUUAAAACAGUAAGAAUAGUCAAAGUAAAACACCUGGACGCAUUAUGUUAAAGGAAUAGUUCACCCAAAAAUUAAAAUUCUCUCAUCAUUUACUCACCCUCAUGCCAUCCCAGAUGUGUGUCAUCUGCUG